AUGUCUCUAUCAAGAAACAUUAGAGUAAUAAUCAAUAGAGUGGUUCUAGCAGAUAGAAGAAUAGGCGUACGUUUAUACUCAGAUGAAUCCAAUGAAAAUGAAGAACAAAAACCAAUUGAUCCUACCAAAGACAGAACGAAAAUAAUUCCUGUUGAGAUAAGCAUUAAAUAUUUAGAAAGUAACGCAUUUAAUCAGACAUAUGGUGAUAAACCUGUGUGGUUUUUUUAUCGGAGAAACCAUAAAGGUGGUUUCGCACCAAGAAAGACAAGACAGUCGUGUAUUCGAAAUAAAGUAAUUUCGACUGGUAAUCCUUGUCCAAUUUGCAGAGAUGAAUACCUUGUACUGGAUCCGAGAAAUACAAAAUUAUUGGAACAAUUUAUAUCCGAAUAUACUGGCCAGGUUUUAGAUGCUUUUAAAACUGGACUUUGUCAAAAGAAGCACAAACAACUACUGGUUGCAAUUGAGCAAGCUUGGGAUCAAGGAUAUCUCACCUAUGAUGUGCCAUUUAGGGAAUAUGAUUAUUCAUUAUAUAAAAGUCAAAUAACUUUGUAA